AUGAUGUCAUCAUCAUCUAACGAAUCAGAUGACAAUGAUACAGUAACACAGGGAAAACAGAAUUUCGAUUUACGUCGAUUUUUGUCGACUGAACGUGAACAACUAAUAUGGUAUAGUCAAGGUCUACCAUCAGAUCAGUUAUCAGGAGAAAAUGCUGUAACAGUUGUUCAUACUGAAAGGUGUCCAUUUAUAGUUGAUCCUUCGUCAAGAGCAUUGAAUUGGCUGAAAACACAUCUUAAGGAUCAGCGUUUAGAAGUGAUCACUCCACAGAGUCCUAACUUUGUUACCACAUUAGAACUAGCUGUAAGAUUCGGAAAGUGUCUAAUUAUACAAGAAGUUGAUGAAAUUGAGCCCAUCCUUAUGCCACUUUUAUCAAAAGAUUUAAUUUUACAAGGUUCUCGCAAUUCUGUAAUGCUCGGAGAAAAGUUGGUUGAUUAUCAUCAAGAUUUUCGUAUGUAUUUAUGCACACGAGAAACCCCAAGAACACCGGGUACUGUUCAACCGAUCAACGCAACAUCAUUGGUUACCAUAGUUAAUUUUAUUACAACACGAGCUGGAUUAAUUGAUCAAUUAUUAGAAAUCACUUUACAAAAUGAACGUCCAGAGUUAGAAAACAGACGACAACAAUUAGUUCGUGAUGAAGAAAAUAUGAAAAUUGAAUUAGCUCAACUAGAAAAUGACUUAUUAGAGGAGCUGGCCAAUGCUCACGGUAAUAUCCUGGAGAAUAAAGAAUUGUUGACAUCUCUGAAUAAGACUAAACAAUCAAGUCUGAUUGUGACAAAUUCUCUUAAAGAAUCUCUGCGCUUGCAAAGUGAAUUAGACAAGGAAAGAAACAUAUUUCAUCCGCUAGCUGAAACUGGGAGUCGGCUUUACUUCGCCUUGAAAGAUCUCGUGAAAAUCAAUCAUAUGUAUCAGUUUAGUUUAAACAGCUUUCUCUACCUUUUUAAGCGUGCUCUUUCUAUGCCAUAUGAUACUGGACUGCAGGCUGUAGAACGUAUUAAAUCACUACAAAAGCUUGUAGAAAUAUUGGUUUAUGAAAACGUCUCCCGGGCAUUGUUUAAAUCCGAUCGCUUAAUAUUUGCAUUACAUCUGGUGCAUAUUAUACGUCCACAAUCAUUAACAGAUGAGGAAUGGCUUUUCUUCAUUGGACUAAGUGUAACAGAAUCACAUCCAGCUGUAGAGAACGCACCCAGCUGGCUAGAUCGAGAACGAGCUCGAAACGUACUGAAUCUUAAAGCAGCACUUCCGAGUGUUUAUGAAAAUCUGUGUUUCGGAGAUGCUAAAUUUUGGACGAAUUGGUUACAUGAAAAUGAUGUUGAAACUAAAUCUAUUCCCAGUGCUUUAAAUUCAAAAUCAAUUAGUCCAUUUCAUUAUAUGGUCCUUGCAAUUCAAGCUCUUCGACCUGAUCGUUUGCAUACAGCUCUGUCGCAAUUCACUAUUCGAACCUUAGAUUUACCUCAAUUAAGUCCAUCAACUUUGAAUUUGCACAGAUUAUUUGAAAGUGAAACAAGACCAACAGAACCUGUACUUAUAUUAAUCACUCCAGGAGCAGAUCCUUCACAAGAAUUGGAAGAAGCAGCUAAAAUUUAUUUCGCGCGUAAAGAAUACACUAAAACAACAGAGAAAAUCUCUACAUCAUUAGCAGUGAAUUAUCGUCAAAUUGCUAUGGGUCAGGGUCAAACUGAUUUGGCCAUAAGUGAAUUGCGUGAUGCGGCAAAAUCUGGUCAUUGGCUAUGUCUAAAAAAUUUACACCUUGUUGUACACUGGUUACCAGUGUUAGAGAAAGAAAUUAAUAAGUUACUAUUUAAUGUGUAUAAAAAAGGCGAAAAUACCACCAGUAAUUAUAACAACGGUGAUAUUGUUAAGAAUGCAGUUGAAAAUAAUUAUUCUGUACAUGAAGACUUCAGACUAUGGUUAACAGCUGAACCACGUACAACAUUUCCAUGUACCCUGUUGCAAGGUUGCCUUAAAAUUGCUUACGAAGCUCCACCGGGACUAAAACGUAACUUAAGAAGGACUUACGAAACUUGGCCUAGAAAUUAUAUAUCUCAAGGAAAUUCAAAAACUCGGGCUAGUCUUCUCGCUUGUUUAGCUUGGUUUCAUGCAGUUGUACAAGAAAGACGGACUUAUAUACCACAAGGAUGGACAAAGUUUUACGAAUUCACAUUUGCUGAUCUGCGUACUGGAGCAGAAAUUAUCGAUCGUUUACUACUAACUGAUCAUGGGAAAAUGUCUAGAACAAUUAAAGAUGUAUGGUCGUGGAUCCAUGGUUUAUUUGGUGAAUCAAUUUACGGUGGUCGUAUGGAUAACACACUAGACUUAGGUGUAUUAAAUUCGUAUCUUACUUCAAUAUUCAGUGAUGAAACAGUGAGAAAUCUUCAACUUGGUCCUUUCAAGCUACCGGGUACAACUGAAUUAAAAGAUUAUAUUGUUCAAAUCGAUGCUCUGCCAGACCAUGAUCUUCCUACGCACUUCAAUCUAUCGCCUAAUAUUGAAAGUAGUCUACAACGAAGCGAAGCGAAUCGUGUAAUCGCCCAACUUCGACUGCUUAACAGACCUUUAAUGGAUUCACAACAUAAAUUUGAUAAGAGUGUGUGGAGCAAGGAAUUAGGACCAGUAUUGAUACUGUGGAAGAAACUUAACCAAGGCUUGAAUCUGAUACAGUCACGAGCUUCAAAUCAAAGUAAAAGAUUCCCUGUGUCUAAAACAGAUUGUCAUAGUCAGCAUGAAGACAGAUCAACUAACGAAAGGCCAGUUAGAGAAUUUCUACAAUUAGAAUUACACAAUGCACUACAGCUUGUCCAAAGUGUACAUUCUAGUUUGGCUAGUCUUUCAAGAGCAUGUAGAGGUACUCAGUUGGUUAGAGGAAACCUGUAUCAAUUAGCUAACAGUUUGUUGAAGGGUGAAACACCUGAUUCUUGGUUAUCACAAUGGCCUGAAGGACCAGAUGAAGUAGUUCCAUUCCUCAAAGAUUUAGUAGCUAAAGCGAAUGCUGUACAGACAUGGACUAAGCAAGCCGAAAAUGAUCAGUUUCUUAGUGAACAAAAUACACAUGGUUUAGAUUUAGCGAAUCUAUUUCGUCCGACCACAUUUCUCAAUGCUCUACGUCAACAAACUGCUAGACAACUAGAUGUAUCAAUUGAUACACUUAAACUAUCUUGCCAAUGGUUACAAUUGAAUCAAUCGAGCAGUAUGCUAUCCACUGAUAACAACAAAUCAAUAGCUGUACGAAUCACCAAUCUAAAAUUAGAAGGCGCCAAUUUUCGUAAUGGUCAACUUAGUCAGAGUUAUUCAGAUGAUCCAAGUCUUAUACAAUUACCUGAUAUUAUUUUGAAAUGGAUUCCAAAGCAUGAAUUGGAUCCUUUGUGUGAGAAUGAUUCUAUCUCUCUACCAAUUUACUUGAAUAAUACCCGCAGUAAUUUGAUGACACAUAUUCGUGUACCAUGUCCUCCAGGGAGUCAAAAUCAAUGGAUUCAAGCUGGCACAGCUUUACUACUCAGUUGUGCAUAA